CUGAUGGGUGGCCAGGCGCAAGAUAUCGAUGGUUCUCAAUUUUCCCCAUAAGAAUAAUGGUUCAAAGUUUGCGAUAUCAACGUUUGCGACCCGCAACAUCAACCUAUUUAUCGCAAACUUGGAGACAGUGUUUGGAGAAGGCAAAGAAGCAGCAGAGCGUACAUGCAAACUUUUGGAGGCCCUUCUGAACACACUCACCAAAGUGUUCAAACAUGACUCAGUGGGCUUCGUCACACCAGAAAGAUUUGAGCUUCUGUCUGCUCCUCUAACUGACCUGCUGGACAACGAGGUGGGGGGUGUCAUCCUAUACAAGAGGCGGGUACGUGCUCACCUAACGCCGUGCCUGACGCAGCUGGCUGUGGCGGGGGGCGAUGACUCCCUAUGGCGAGGACUGGCCUGCCAGGUGCUACAGAGGCUCAAGGCGGAGGACAGGCCACAGGUUGUGUUGGGGGCCUUGGAGGUGUUCCAGAGCCUGGUGGAGACGCCAAGAGGACUUCCUGAGGCCACUUUGGCAGAUGCCAUUCCACCUAUCUCGGAGGUUCUGGAGUCUACCAACCAGGAAGUUGUCCAGUCCACCGAACUACUCAGCAUCACUGUGGACAACCUACUCAACUAG